AUCAAUGAAUCACAACAAAUUUCACUGAAAGUAAACAGAGUAGCGGGUAUACAUAAAUGUUUUAGAAUUGGAAUAAUUCUGAUAGUCGUCAUAAUGCUGUGCUCAUGGAAGAGUGUUUUAAUUCCUCUGCUCCUCACGGGCUUUGUAGUUGCGGAUUUAACAGAAGAUUACACUGAUUAUGAAGAGAUUGAUAAGAUUAUGCAAAUCGAAGAAGAAACACAAACUACGCCGCAAGCAACAGAGCAGCCAGAGCCUGAGUCUACAACCAGAAAAUGCGAUAAACUCGAUCUGGAUUUCGAGAAAAAACAUUUUUGAAGGGAAGCUGAUAAGUUUACUCAAUGCAACGCCCGAACAAAUUGUGCAAUUGAAAGCCGCUCUCAAUGAGUCAUUCAACGAUGUUGGCAAACGACUUACAAAUCAAACUACGUCGAUCGAGUCGAUUGAAUCGAACGUCAAGUCGUGUGGUAAACAAAAAAGAAUGCGUCAAUUCUUUGUUGUGCAAAAAUAGCAAACAAGCGAAUAAAGUCAAAUCAUCCCCUGAUGUCUGUAGCUCCGAUGAAAUUUGUUGCCACAUAUCUGAUAAGAUUGAUCAGGAGGUGCUGCCAAGCUCGAUGGAAAAGUGUGGCUAUAGCAAUCCAAAUGGCAUACUAUUUACCAACGAAGGCGGGACACAUAAUAAGGCUAAAUACGGAGAAUUCCCAUGGAUAAUUGCUAUCCUAGAACGUGUACCUACACCAGCAGCGGUUCUGGAUGUAUUUAUUGGAGGCGGCUCGAUCUUAGCGCCAAAUGUUGUGCUCACAGCUGCACACAAGGUAGUCAACAUAACUGCCGAAAAUUUAUUUGCCCGUGCUGGUGAAUGGGAUAGUGCCACAGACCGAGAGUUCUUUAAGCAUCAAGAUCUGGAUGUGCAGCAGAUUAUCAUACAUCCGAGCUAUGGGAAAUGGGAAAACAACAUUGCACUACUGGUGCUAAAAGGAAGCUAUUUUCCCAGUCCUCACAUAUCGCCCAUUUGCCUGCCCAACCAAUUAGCCAAUUUCGAUAAGGAACGUUGCAUUGUCGCCGGCUGGGGCAAAACACCACUAAAUAGCAAAGAGUAUCUACACAUUCUCAAAAAGAUCAAUGUGCAAGUUGUUCCACAAACGAAAUGUACCGAACAACUGAGACAGAAAAUUAAAGGUAUUAAUGUUCAUCCCAGUAACAUUUGUGCUGGCGGCGAGAAAGACAUCGAUUCCUGUUUCGGCGAUGGCGGUGCUCCUCUCGUCUGUCCCAUAAAAGAUAAUCCGAAUCGCUAUUAUCAGGCAGGUAUUGUUGCCUGGGGAUAUUAUUGCGGAGUGGAGAAUGUGCCAGCGGGCUACACUAGUGUGCCCUAUAUGAUGCCCUGGAUUUCCCAAGAACUCCGCAAUCUGCAAAUUAACAGCACUUACUAUACUGCCUAGACAAGAACUACAAAUGGGUACGAAAAUUUCACAUUUUGAUUGCAAUGUACAAAUUUUUGGGGUAUUUAAAGGACAUUCCAUAUACUUUUGUGUAUCAUUUGGAGUGAUUGAAAUGUACUUUUAAAUUGCAUAAGUUAAAAAAUAUUUAUUAUUA